AUGCCUGGGUAUGCAAAGUUCAUGAAGGACAUGGUGACCGAAAAAGGGGCAGUGAAUUUUGAAGAUGAUGAUAGAUUGCAGCACUGUAGUGCUAUUGCUGCAAGGUCGUUAGUGCAAAAGAAAGAGGAUCCUGGUGCCUUCACGAUUCCAUGUACUGUCGGGUUGUUAAACUUUUAUGAGUCAUUGUGUGAUCUUGGUGCUAGCAUAAAUCUUAUACCUUUGUCAAUUUAUAAAAAGAUAGGGGUGGGGGAUCCAAAGCCCACUGCGAUACGACUACUGAUAGAUGAUCGGACUGUUCCCAUCAUCCUUGGGAGACCAUUCCUUGCUAAUGGGCGUGCAAUAGUUGAUAUGGAGAAGGGGCAUAUGAAUUUCAGGGUGAAAAUUGAAGAAUGGUUGCAUGUUGAGUCUCUCAAAAAAAUUAUGAUGAACUUUGCGAGUGAUAUCACAGAGGAUUAUGAUGACUGGGUGGCUGCAUUUGAGAGAUUUGAGUACCGGUCAAAGCCAAAGCGGUUGGAGCUAGACAUAAAAAAUAACGAAUCGCCAACUGCAAAGCCAUAUAUUGAGAAAGCACCGAAAUUGGAGUUCAAAGCUCUACCAGCACAUUUAAGGUAUAUAUUCUUGGGCAUAAAUGAGACACUCCCAGUUAUUAUUGCAGAAGAUCUGAAUGGGAAACAAUUUGAGUGUUUGGUAGCCGUGCUAAAGAGGUUCAAGCGAGCCAUUGGGUGGACCACUAUAGAUAUUAUCGAAAUUCCUCCGGGAAUUUUCUCUUAUAGUAUACAACUCAUGUAG